UCCGUAAUAAACACCGAAAUAAUUUGUAAAUAGUUGACUAAACAAACAACAGACGUUAAAUAAAUAAACAAUAAUAUUAGUUAUAUUGAAAUAAAUAAGUGUUUGGUGUGAAAACAUUAAUACAAACUAGAAAAUUUAGUUUAAAAUCGCAGUGAAUUGUUCAAACAGUGACUAUCAAACGUACGAAUCAGCUGACCGCUGUCAACCAAUCAGCUGCUUGGAUUCUGCGUGCGCGCAUUGCCGUUGUGUACUGGCGUAUUCGGAAGACUGAACCUUAUUUCCAACGAGUGAAAACACACAUUACAAUGGCAAGCUGUGCAGGUUGUUUCGUUCAAAUAACGGAUACAACAUUUUUAAAGUGUUUUAACUGUCAAAACACGUAUUGCAUUCAGUGCUUGAAUAUUACAGACGAUUUUUUGAACAAGUUGGAAGCCGAACAAAGGUAUUUAUGGAAAUGUUUCGCAUGCAAAAGUGCCGGGCCGAAGUCAGACAACACAAAUACACCGGUACGCGGCGCCGACGGAAACGUAACCAUGCAUCGAGGGGGCUCGCGGGCCCGUGGGCCAGCACCGGCCCUACUCAACACCUGCGAGAUGGACGUGUCUUAUACUGACAACAGUGAAAACCAUUUACACGAUAAUACUUCGCACAACAUCUCACUCGACGACUGGCGUUACCGAUAUGCAGGCACUGGUGUCAGAAAUCAGACUCUUCCGCGUGGAAAUGCGGGCCAUGAGCCAGCAUAUCCAGGCUCUGCGGGCUAGCAUGACAGAUCUAACGUCCAAAAUUGAUGGUUGCGAUAGACGCAUUGAUGGUCUGUGUGCCCGCGUGGAAGCGUUAGAGGCAAGGGCCCCUAAUGGGAUUGACUCUAACAACACAGAAUCAUCACUGAUGGAAACCAUUACUCAGUUAAAAAUGGAACUGAAUGACCGAGACCAAGGUCAACUGCUCAAUGACAUUGAGAUUUCUAAUGUACCGGAAGAGAACGGGGAAAAUACUGUACACAUUGUAACUACCUUAGGUCAGAAGCUUGGAGUCACGCUGUCGGAGCACGACAUCGUUGAUGCAACUCGCGUGGGUCGCGCUUCGCAGUUAAACGAUGGAGUCCAGGGCCCGCCGGCGCCGGCGCGCCCGCGGCUGCUGGUUGUGCGGCUGGCGCGCCGCGCCGUGCGCGACCGGCUGCUGCAGGCAGCGAGGGUGCGCCGCGGCGCCACUACGGAGGGCACCGGCCUGCCAUUGCCUAUCAGCCGUUUUUACAUCAACGAGCGUCUCACCGUCGUCAAUCGAAGGCUGUUUCAGAAAACGCGGCAGCUGAAGGACCAGCUCGGCUGGCGUUAUGCAUGGACCCGCGACGGAAAGAUCUACGUGCGCCAACGUCCUGGCUCGGAGUCUCCACGACAUCGUAUACGCUAUAUAUUGCAUUUGUCACUGGAGCGCGUCGCAGCAAGAACAACUUCUAUUGUUAAUAAACAAUUAAUCAAUACACUCAACGCACUGUAUAACUGUAUGACAGUAAGUAAUACACACUUGAACGCCAUACACUCCACAAACCACACGAAUCACUAUACUAAAUUGUAUCUAAACACACUUUCAAUAGAACACAUAUUUAUAUCGGAAAAAACACGAACAGGUUUUGAGGUUACGAAUGUUACGAGAACAUCACCGCGUUGUCUUUUUUUGUGUCAUUUUAAUCACAACCUUUUAACGAAUAUUUCUUUAAGAUAGGCGCUAAAACGAAAUACUUAAAGUUAGGUUUUUAUAACGCGGGUUCUUUGGCUACGGGACAUAAUGACUUUUUAAUCGCAAUGAAUAAAUUUGAUGCCGAUAUAGUAGCGAUUAACGAAACGUGGAUUAGACAAGGUCAAGAACGACUCGCCCCGCGCGUUCCCGGAUACAAAUUAAUAAACGCCCCUCGACCCACCUCCAUGCGCGGUGGCCGUGGCGGGGGGGUCGCGUUUUACAUCAAGUCUACGGUGCGCGCGCGCCGAUCUACCCACCCUGCUGCCGAUAUUGAGCAAUUGUGGAUAUCUUUGUC